AAGAUAAAUAAAUAAAGCAAAAAAUAAAUAAAUAAUAAUAAUAUGAUUUUAUAUAAGUUAGAUAACUAGAUUUAAAAAAUAAAUUUUUUAUAUAAAUACUCUAUAUUAAUUCUAUUAAAAUAAUGAUAAAAAACAAUAAUAUAUAUAACAAAAAGUUAAAAGAAAAAGAAAAAGGAAAGAAAGGGUAAUUUGGUUAUUUUAUAUGGACCAAGGACAUACAAUGCAAUUUUCAGAAACCACAAGGAUGUAUCCUAUCAAAUUUUAAUUUUUGGUACCAAAAUUGAGAAUUCAACCAAACCACAGGGUCCAGUUAAAACAUAUGUUUACUAGUCAUGAAUGGACACAAUCAAAAUGGUCCAGAACAAAAAAAUGGAACAGGAGCUUAUGCAAUCGUGAUAAGCCGACCUUUUUGGAAUGGGGUAAACUUAUGCUUAAAGGUUUUCUCCCCGUUAGUGAAACUCCUACGACUAGCUAAUGGAGAUCAAAAGGCAUCAAUGGGCUUCUUGUAUGGAGAGCUUCAACAAGCCAAAGAAGAUAUAAAAAUGGCUUUCAACAAUGUGGAGAUUAACUAUCGUUCUAUCAUAGAAAUUAUUGAGACAAGAGCAAAAGGUCGGCUUGAUAGUCCACUACACAUGACGGCUUACCUGUUAAAUCCUUAUUAUUUAUAUAAAGAUCAAAACAUAAAAGAUAAUGUCAUGGUUUCGGAUGCAAUUUUCAUAUGUGUUGAAAAGUUUUUUCGUGAUGACAUUGACAAGCAAGAUCAGGUGAUAAAUAUGGAGCUCCCAAAGUACAAGGAAAAAGAAGGAGAUUUUGGAAGAAUAUUGGCAGCAAAUGGGUGUUCCGAAAAUAGCAGUUCUUAUGAUCCAGCUACUUGGUGGAUGACUUAUGGAAAUUCAACACCAACUUUGCAAAAGAUGGCUAUAAAGAUCCUCUCAUUAACCACUAGUUCCUCUGGUUGUGAAAGAAAUUGGAGUGCUUUUGAAUGGAUACACACAAAGAAAAGAAAUAGGCUUGAUAGCCAAAGAUUACACAAUCUUGUAUUUGUUUAGUUUAAUUCCAAACUCAUCAACAAAUGGGAAAGAAAUAAGAAACAAAAUAUAAAUGUAUUGCGUUCUCUCGAUGCUAGUAAGGCACAAUCGUGGAUUGUCAAUAUUAAUGAUGACGAUGAGGAAAUGGAAGAAGGUGAGGGUUUGGAGGUUGGUGGAGAAGCAAUUGAUAAUACAAACCAAGAGGCUAGAGAACUUCAUGAUGAUGAUUUUGUGUCGGAUGAAGAACAAGUGGAAUGUGAAGAAGAUUUUGAAUUUAAUUCUGAUGAAGAAGGUUUUGUGGAUACAAAUGAAGACAGUUACUACUCCAAGGAUGUAACAUGCUUUUGUAAUGUUAACCGACGUUUUGAAAACUGACACUUUUUGUAAACUCUUAAUAUAAUUGUCAAUCGGUGACGAUAUAUAUGUUAGAUAAAAUGUAUAUUGACAUGAGAAAAUAUUGGGGUUUUUUUUGUUAAUAUAUGGUUUUUUAUGUUA